AUGACGAAUUUCCAGACCGACACCAGUGCCAAAGUAUCAGGGCCGGCAUUUAUUGGUUUUGUAUGGGGCGCAACCUCGAUCUCCUUCCUGUUCAUAGCAACUCGUACAAUAGCCCGUCUUGCGGCCUUUCGCCGCCUCUGGCUUGACGAUGCCUUUGCCAUCGGCGCGUGGCUGAUACUCCUGGCCCAAGCCAUUACCUGGCAAACUCAGCUCAACUCGAUGUAUUACAUCUUCGCGCUGGAGGAUGGCUUGGCCGAGCCCACAGUGGAGGUGAUGGCUCGGCUUUCGCGACUAGCUAGGGCGGAAUGCGCCAUCUUGAUUCUCUUUUACACCUGCUUAUGGUCGAUCAAGGCCUCAUUUUUGAUCUUCUUCCGCCGGAUUGCCGGCACAGACCGCUCCUGGAUCAUCUGGUUCUGGUGCGUGGUGGGUCUUGUGGCGGGGACGUACUUCGUUUGUCUUGGGGACAUCGAGUACAACUGUCUCGUAAACAACGAAGCAUACAUCCUGGAGCACUGUACACAGAAAGCCGCUGUGCAAUUCGAAUUCCGAACCCUAGUCACGAAUCUAGUCUUAGAUGUGGUGACCGAUCUUUGCAUAAUCAGCCUGCCGAUAACUCUUCUCUGGAAUGUCCGUAUUCCGGUCCGUCGCAAAGCAAUUUUGAUGGCUAUUCUCUCGGUAGCCGUCGUCAUCAUCAUCGUGGCGGUGGUCCGAGUAGCCGUGGUAGCCCGUCGGAACCAAAAUUCGGAUAUCUCCUGGCUCUGGAUGUGGAGUUUUAUUGAGGCCACCGUUGCCAACAUCGUCGCUUGCAUGGCUUCCUUCCGUCAACUGUUCAUGAAACAAGACCAGCACAGUCGAGGGGCUUCAUAUCCUGCCUAUCCACAAUCCACUCCGACAGGUAAACGGCCGGGGUUUCACCGCGUCCGAACCCCGUCAUCGCGGGGGAGCUCGGAUGUUCAGCUACACCAGUACGACAGCGGUCGUGCCCUUACAGAAACGGCAUAG